AUGUCUGCUUUAUUCUCUUACAGAAACAGAGCAAUCUCUCUUUUGCGACUCGGUUCUUCGAAAUUCGGAUGUUUCUCUCGAGCAGGGUUUUCUUGCGGCGCUGUAAAACAGUAUAAACGAGAUGAUUAUGCUUCUCACGAACCAUUUGGUAUCUCUGGGUUUGAUAUGGAGAAGAGCAUAUACAACAUUCUUACAAUUGACCGUUGGGGAUCUCUUAAUCAUAUGGAUUAUAGACAGGCUCGUCUUAGACCAGUUCACGGGAAGCUAGCUUUGAAGUUUCUUAAAUGGGUAGUUAAGCAGCCAGGUUUGGAGACUGACCACAUUGUUCAGUUGUUCUGUAUUACUACACAUAUACUUGUUAGAGCUAGAAUGUAUGAUCCUGCAAGACACAUCUUGAAGGAGUUAUCUUGGAUGGGUAACAAAUCAAGCUUUGUUUUUGGUGCUUUAAUGACCACUUACCGGCUUUGCAAUUCAAACCCUUCUGUUUUCGAUAUCUUGAUUAAAGUGUAUUUGAGAGAAGGAAUGAUUCAAGAUUCGCUCGAAAUAUUUCGCUUGAUGGGUCUUUACGGUUUCAACCCUUCUGUUUAUACUUGUAAUACAAUGCUAGGUUCUGUUGUAAAGAGUGGUGGGGAUGUCUCAGUCUGGUCUUUCUUGAAGGAAAUGCUAAAGAGGAAGAUUUGUCCCGAUGUGGCUACCUUCAAUAUACUACUUAAUGUGCUCUGCGCUGAAGAAAAUUUUAAAAAGUCAUGCUAUCUUAUGGAAAAGAUGGAGAUGGCUGGUUAUUCCCCAACUAUAGUUACGUACAAUACUGUGCUCCAUUGGUAUUGUAAAAAGGGAAGAUAUAAAGCUGCUAUUGAGCUUAUUGAUCACAUGAGGUCGAAAGGGGUCGACGCUGAUGUUUGUACAUAUAAUAUGCUUAUCCAUGAUUUGUGCAGAAACAAUAGAAGUGCCAGAGGUUAUUUGUUGUUGAGGAAAAUGAGGAAGCGGAUGAUUUACCCCAACGAAGUCACGUACAAUACGCUUAUUUGUGGUUUUUCCAAUGAAGGAAAAGUUCUCAUUGCUCGUCAACUUUUGGAUGAGAUGCUAACCUCUGGACUUUCCCCGAAUCAUGUUACUUUUAAUGCUUUGAUUGAUGGACACAUUGGUGAGGGAAACUUUAAAGAGGCUUUGAAGAUGUUUUAUAUGAUGGAAGCGCAAGGUCUUAUACCUACUGAAGGUAGCUAUGGGUUACUUUUAGAUGGGUUGUGCAAGCAUGCAGAGUUUGACUUAGCGCGAGGCUUUUACAUGAGAAUGAAGAUAAAUGGGGUCGCUGUUGGGCGAAUAACAUACACUGGAAUGAUUGAUGGGUUAUGCAAAAAUGGGUUAUUAGAUGAAGCAGUUGGGAUGCUUAAUGAAAUGAGCAAAGAUGGUAUUGAUCCCGAUAUCGUCACAUACUCCGCACUUAUAAAUGGAUUUUGCAAGGUGGGGAUGUUUAAAACUGCCAAGGAGAUAGUGUGUAGAAUUUACCGAGCUGGUCUUAGUCCAAAUGGCAUCAUAUACUCAACGCUGAUAUACAAUUGUUGCAGGAUGGGAUGCUUAAAGGAAGCAUUAAGAAUUUAUGAAGCGAUGAUCCUCGAGGGUCAUACUCCAGACCAUUUCAUGGUCAAUGUACUUGUUGCUUCGCUAUGUAAAGCUGGUAAAGUGGGUGAGGCAGAAGAAUUUAUGCGUUGCAUGACAAGUGAUGGUCUUCUUCCUAACACAGUUAGCUUUGAUUGUCUUAUCAACGGGUAUGGAAGCUUGGGUGAAGGGCUAAAAGCGUUCUCUAUUUUUGAUGAGAUGAUGAAAGUAGGUCAUCACCCAACGUUCUUCACAUAUGGUAGUCUGCUCAAGGGAUUAUGCAAAGGUGGGCAUUUGAUAGAGGCAGAGAAGUUUCUGAAUAGCCUCCAUGACGUUCAUGGAGCUGUUGAUACUGUAAUGUACAACACACUAGUCACUGCGAUGUGUAAAUCUGGGAACUUGGACAAGGCUGUCUCUCUUUUUGGUGAGAUGGUGCAGCGAAGCAUCCUGCCAGACAUUUAUACAUAUACAAGUCUUAUUUCUGGGUUGUGUAAGAAAGGCAAGACUGCUAUUGCCAUACUUUUUGCUAAGGAAGCUGAGGAUCGAGGUAAUUUACUUCCCAACAAGGUGAUGUAUACCUGUUUUGUGGAUGGUCUGUUCAAGGCUGGCCAGUGGAGAGCUGCUUUUUAUUUUCGGGAGCAAAUGGAGAAAGUUGGCCUUACCCCUGAUGCUGUCACAACAAACGCAAUGAUUGAUGGUUACUCAAGGAUGGGGAAAAUAGAGAAGACAAAUGAGCUACUUUCUGAAUUGGGGAACCAAAACAGGGGUCCUAAUCUGGCUACCUACAAUAUUCUCUUGCAUGGGUAUUCGAAGAGGAAAGACAUAUCAACGAGCUUUAUGCUGUAUAGAUCCAUGAUACUGAACGGAAUUUUACCUGACAAGCUGACGUGUCAUUCUCUAAUGCUCGGGAUUUGUGAAUCCAACAUGUUGGAGAUUGGUCUUAAAAUCUUGAAAGCAUUCAUAUGCCAAGGUAUUGAAGUGGACAGGUAUACGUUCAACAUGCUAAUCUCCAAAUGUUGUGCAAAUGGAGAGAUCAAAAGCGCAUUUGAUCUAGUUAAUAUCAUGACUUCACUGGGAAUCUCCCUUGAUAGAAAUACGUGUGACGCCAUUGUAAGCAUCCUCAACAGGAGUCACAGGUUUCAGGAAUCUCGCAUGCUUUUGCACGAAAUGUCGAAGCAAGGUAUAUCUCUCAAGUGUACAAAGUACAUUGGUCUGCUUAACGGUCUUUGCAGAGUGGGAGAUAUAAAGACUGCGUUUGAGCUAAAGGAUGAGAUGAUAACACUUAAGAUAUGUCCGUGUAAUGUAGCUGAGAGUGCAAUGGUAAGAGCACUUGCAAAAUGCGGUAAGGCGGAAGAAGCUAUGCUGCUUCUUCGGUCUAUGCUGAAAAUGAAGUUGGUUCCAACUAUUGCUAGUUUCACUACUCUAAUGCACAUGUAUUCCAAGAAUGGUGAUGUUACAAAGGCCCUGGAAUUGAGAGUCAUCAUGAAUAAUUGUGGCCUGAAGCUUGAUCUCGUGUCGUAUAAUGUCUUGAUUACUGGACUAUGUGGCAGAAGUGAUAUUGUAGCUGCAUUUGAACUCUAUGAAGAGAUGAAACGAGAUGGUCUCUUAGCCAAUGUGACUACCUACAAAGCUCUCAUCAGUGGGAUUCUUUCUCUAGGAACCGCUUUCGCUGGGACUGAUAUCAUCAUGAAAGAUUUACUUGCAAGAGGAUUCAUAACAUCCUUGAGCUCGUCACAAGAUUCACAGAAAACCUUGACAAUGGUCAUGGGGAAGCUGAAGGCCUUGCAAAGUAACAAAAAGGGAUAA